UGCUCCCGGAUGCCUGCCUCCUCGUCCCUCAACCUAAUCUUCAAACUGUACCACGAACUGUGCGAUCGAGCUCAGAUCCCUUGCCAACUGGAGUUCGAUUCGGAGUCUGACAAGGCCGGGGGGGAGCUUAGGUCCUCGGAUCUGACGGCGCUGUUUGAGAUUUGCUGGGCGAUGGAGAGGUAUUGGAGGGUUGGGAGCAGGAGUGAAGCUGCUGGGGCUGUUCCCGAUUUCAAGCAUUUGGUGAUGUCGGUGUUGGUGGACGGUGGAGAGGUUGAAGACGACGAGAGGAUCUGGGGGUGUGAGGUUUUGGGGAUGGAUCGGAGUGUUUCCGCUCAGAAGGUGCAGCUGUGGGUGAUGAGCAGAGCUCCGGAGCUGACGGGUUGCUUAUCGAGGUUUGUUCGGGAGAAGGUCAAGGCUUGUGCAGCUGGGAGUUCCGGGGAUUCCAUUUCAUCAGCUGGCGACAAUUACUCCAGUGAUGUUGAAAAUGCUUUCCUCCUCACAUGUGGACAGGCAUGGGCGAUAUCUCUUACACUGAGAAAUACCUUACGCGAAGAGCUGUCAGGGGUAUCCUUUCCUGAACUGGUCAAUGAGUCACUCGAUAACAUUCUAUAUAGGUCAUCAGUUCAUGGGAAAGGGUUGAACAGGUUCUGGUCUAACGUGGAAGGUUAUCAUGGACCUGUUUUAGUUCUAGUCUCAGCUUCUUCGGUAGAUACCAGUCAGAGUGACAGUAUUAUAAAACGAUGGGUGAUUGGUGUACUGACUGGGCAAGGAUUUGAAAAUAGAGAGACGUUUUAUGGAAAUUCCGGACAUCUUUAUGCUAUAAACCCAGUUUUCCGUGUAAUCUCACCUUCUGGAAAGGAGAAGAAUUUCAUGUAUAGUCACCUACAUCUUUCUGGGAGAGUAUAUGAACCAAAUCCAAAGCCCAUUGGUUUGGGCUUUGGAGGAACUUUAGGGAGUGAGAGGAUAUUUGUUGACGAAGAUUUUGCUAAGGUUACAGUCCGUCACCAUGCAGUUGACAAAACGUUUCAGAAUGGUUCUCUGAUUCCUAACCAGGGUUUCUUACCUGUUGAAGCAUCUGUACUAGAAGUUGAGGUAUGGGGUUUUGGUGGAAAAGCAGCAAGACAACAGCAGGAUUCAUAUAAAAAAAGAGAAACACUCUUCACCGAACAACGACGCAAGGUUGACCUGAAAACAUUUGGUAAUUGGGAAGAUUCUCCUGAGAAGAUGAUGAUGGACAUGACGAGUGAUCCUAACAGAGUUCAAAGAGAAGAUAGAUAGACGUGCCCAGUUCAAGGUUUUCAGGAGCUUGUGAAAUAUCUGGGGAUACCAGGGUUUGUCAACUUUCUGAGUUUUGGAGAUAAAUAAAAGAUUGAAGAUUGUAUAUCAAUAUUCGUCUAUAUAGGGAAGAGAAGAUUUGUACAGAACCUCUUAUAAAUUUCUAAGAUUUAGUACUAGAAGUGUUUGUGUAUCUUAUUCCAAUCAACAAGCAACAGAAGAAUCUCUCACACUUCUGAUCA